AUAUGUGAUCUCCUGGAUACAAUCAGACACACACACAAGUACCAGCACUCCUGUGCAGCCCAGCAAAAUGUCUUUCUCCUGAAGUGGUGCUCAUCACAGCCUCCAGAUCCCUGACGAUGUUGCCAUGCUUCCCUUCCUGCCUCCUGCCUCUUGCUGCCUUUGCCUGCCUGCUUUUCCUGCCUGGGGCUCGUCUCUGCCCUGCUGUCUGUAGCUGUAUGGACUACCACACCAUAGACUGCCGGGACCAGGGGCUCCCAAGCGUUCCCAACCCCUUCCCCUUGGAUGUACGGAAACUUCUGAUCGCUGAUAACAACAUCCAGGCAAUACCAGCUGACUUCUUCAUAUUUUAUGGAGAUCUAGUCUAUUUGGACUUCAGGAAUAACUCCCUCACCUCUUUAGAAGAGGGCACUUUCAGCAGUUCUACCAAACUGGUGUACCUAGACUUAAGCUACAAUAAUUUGACACAGCUGGACGCUGGGAUAUUCAGAUCAGCAGAGAAACUGAUCAAACUGAGCCUUGGAAACAACAACCUGGUGGAUGUGGACGAGGCUGCUUUUGAGAACCUGGACCAGCUCCAAGUGUUAGAAUUGAAUGACAAUAACUUGCAGAGCCUGAACGUGGCAGCCCUGGAAGCUCUGCCCUCCCUGAGGACCAUCCGCUUGGAGGGCAACCCCUGGGUGUGUGACUGUGACUUUGCCAACCUCUUCAGCUGGAUCCAGGACAAUGCAUCCAAGCUGCAGAAAGGUCUCCAUGAAAUCCAGUGCUCCCUGCCCGUGGAGAACAGAAGGAUCUUUCUGAACGAGUUAUCUGAGGUCAGCUUCAGUGAAUGCAAAUUCAGUUUGUCGUUGACAGACCUUUUCAUCAUCAUCUUCUCUGGAGUGGCCGUGUCCAUUGCUGCCAUCCUCUCCAGCUUCUUCCUGGCCACCCUGGUGCACUGCUUCCAAAGGUGUGCUCCCAGCAAGGAUGAUGAUGAAGAUGAAGAUGACUGUGAGGACUGAACUCAGUCACAAUCCUUAAUUUUCCUUGGUUUAUCAGUUACCAGAUCAUCAGCCAAAGUCUGUGAGGAAAAGAAGCAGAGUGAAAGCUUUAAACACGACCUGACUCACAGAGUGGAAGGAUCCCUUCUGCUGGUCACAGGCAGGAAUGGCAGAGCUGGCACUGUCACCUCCUCUGGCACACGUGCCCUGCUGCAAUCAGACCAGGUUCCUUUCCAUGGUCCUUAACCAAACACUGCAUUUAAGCCUGAAGAUUGAAGGAAAAAGGGGGGGAAAGCCAAAAAAAAGUUCCAAUGUUUUAAAAGAUGAGUUUCCAGAUUGUCCUGAUGAAAUGCAGAUUUUCAUAAGUGCUUGAAGCUUGUUCUGGAUACACUUUGAAAAUGACUGGAUGAAUGGAGCAGUUUCAGGUUGAAAAUACAGAAGCAAUUCAAAAUAGUAUCCUUCCUAGAUCUAAGUACUGGGAGAUUCUACUAAAACUCACACAAAAUGCAAUUAAAAUGAUUCCUAGAAUUGUAGAAAGCAUCAGAGGAAGGCUGGCAUGUUCCCCCUACAAAAGUUCUCCAGAAACAUUCACCCUCCAUUUAAUGACAGCAAUUGCAGGCACCAUUCAGCAAAAAAAUAAAUUAUUUCUGUAAGUGAAUAUGAUUCUGGAUCUGAGUCAUCCACUGCAGAUGCCUGGCACUUCUUUGGUCAUGGCACAAAUACUAAAUUUAACAUCCUUUUGCAUUUUUAGAUGCAGUGAAGUAAAGGAUUUCCCUCCCCAGUAGCUGUUGCAGCAUCCAGUCCAUUUAGCUAUUUUAAAGCACUAAGGGCUAUAUUCUGCUCCUGGUUAUGCUGGAAUAACCCAAAUGAGAUGAACACCACGAUCCAAAUUGGCAACUGUAGAAACAAAAGUGAAAUCUGGCCCAACAUAUUCCUGACUGUAUUAUAGAUUUGUCAAAACUUGAGCUCUUCUAUAUGAUGGUAGAUAUUUUUGUUAAAAUUUAAAAAGACAUUUAUUACAAGAGAUUUUUGGAAUAGUGCUGGACAGCUUUUUAGGAUAAGUAUAUUUUUAAAAUAUUUGAAAUGGAAAUAUUUUUUUAAAGCUCUGUGUAUUUAAAUUGUUAUCUAGAUUAGCUGUGAGGGCUUAAAGUACUGAACAUAAUAAUCAGCAAGCUGAGGACUGUAUGCUAUUAUAAAGUAAUUAGAGCUGAUAAAAAGUAGCAUUUGUUUCACUACUGUAAAUGCCAUUAUUUCUUUUGAGAAGCACUCUUUGUUCAAAUUCUGCCUUGCUCAGUAGGAGGGAGUCACCCUGCGGGGUCCAUCAGCACUCCCGGGGAUCCCCCCAGCAGGGAUCAGCUGGAAAACCUUCCCUGAACCGCAGUCUGUCUGUCUGUCUGUCUGUCUGUCUGUCCGUGCCUCAGCUCCAGGACCGACAGCCUGACCACCGCAGCAGCUCCGAUCCCUCGGAAGAGAUCGGGGCAGCAGGGGGAGAGCCCUGCCCCGGGGCUGUGCCUGGGAUGGGCCCUGUCCGUCUGUCCUGGGAUCGGCCCUGUCCGUCUGUCCUGGGGGCUGUGCCUGGGAUCAGCCCUGUCCGUCUGUCCUGGGAUCAGCCCUGUCUGUCUGUCCUGGGAUCAGCCCUGUCCGUCUGUCCUGGGGGCUGUCCCUGGGAUCGGCCCUGUCCGUCUGUCCUGGGGGCUGUGCCUGGGAUCAGCCCUGUCCGUCUGUCCUGGGGAUCGGCCCUGUCCGUCUGUCCUGGGGAUCGGCCCUGUC